AUCAGUCAGUUGGAUAUUAGACGGCGCUAUGAAACUUCUCGUAUUGUUUGUGUUUUCGAUUUUAUCCAUUGCAAAUGGGUACAAAGUGCUAUUUUUGGUUCCGUUCCCUGGAACAAGUCAUUGGUUGGUGUUGCAGAGUUUCGUAAAAGAGCUGGUUAAUCGUGACCAUGAAGUGACCGCCAUAGUAAAUUAUCCAAUUAUGAACUUCAGUUCACCGAAUUACACGGAGAUUUUGAUUAGUCCCCACUUUGACUUAUCCACAACUUUCACGCAAGAAGACGCGCAUAAAAGUGCCGAUGAAAGUUAUUUUGAAAAAGUUCGAUCCUACGAUACGUACUGCACAAAAUCUAGUGAAUACGGAUUAAACCACACGAACGUACAGAAAGUCAUUCACAGCCAAGAUUUGAAAUUCGAUUUAGUCAUUAACGCUGACUUUUUCCACGAUUCAUGGUUUAUGUUUGCGCACAAAUUCAAUGCACCUUUUAUUUCAAUUUGUCCAUAUGGAUAUUCAGACUUUUUCGAUCGUGCAAAUGGUUUAUUAACACCUUGGUCACAUGUUCCUCAUUCACUUCUACCGUACGGAGAUGAUAUGUCAUAUACAGAACGCGUGCACAAUGUGAUUUUAUCAGCAUACGAUUGGUGGUUUAGAAAUUGGGUGUUGCUACCACAGCAAAAUGAAAUCGCACAGCGAUAUUUCGGACACUUGGCAGAGCCUGGAAAACCUUUACCACGUAUCCAAGAUUUGUAUCAAAAUAUUUCGUUGAUCCUUGUAAAUGCACAUCGCAGUACAUCGAAACCAAGACCAUUGAUGCCGGGCAUAAUACACUACGGAGGAGCGCAUAUCAAACCACCAAAACCAUUGCCAACUGAUUUACAACAGUAUUUGGACACAGCCGAGCAUGGAGUCAUUCUUUUUUCCUUGGGUUCAUAUUUACAAGCUUCGAAAUUACCAAAGGAGAAAAUAGACAUGUUCCUGAAUGCAUUCAGUAAACUCAAACAGCGUGUGAUCUGGAAGUUCGAAGAUGAGACGUAUAAGGUGCCACCGAAUGUUCUAGUCAAAAAAUGGUUGCCCCAAACUGACUUACUUGCCCAUCCAAAUAUCGUCCUCUUCAUAGCUCACGGCGGUAUGUCUGGCACAUUCGAGGGAACCGCGCGUGGAGUGCCAAUGCUUUUCAUACCGUUCUUCGGUGAUCAACAGCGUAAUGCCCUGAAAUCAGUUGCAAGUGGAAAUGCAUUGAUGUUGAAGUUUUCGGACUUAACGGCUGAAUCCUUAUCAACAGCUCUGGAAGAGAUGCUCACCAAUAAGGUAUACAAAAAUCGAGCCAAAGAGAUAGCACGCCUUUUUAAUGACAACCUAGUGCAUCCAAUGGAUGAAGCAAUAUUUUGGAUCGAAUAUGUGAUGCGGUCGAAAGGAGCCAAACACUUGAAAUCGAAUGCAGCGUAUAUGCCUUGGUUUUCAUACUUACUCCUCGAUAUUUUAAUCGUUCCAGUUAUAGCAAUCGCUAUUGUUUACCUUACGCUCAAGACGGUAUUCCGAGAAAUGAAAUCAAGCGUCAAUAAAAAGGGCAAGAAGCAGAGAGCGAAAAAAGUCAAAUAAGAUCAAUUACAAACAUUUGAGCAUACAAAAUCAGAUAAUAUUUUCUGUUUGCACCAACACAACCAUUUUUUACUUUUCAUUAUUAUCAAACUGAAAAUGUGCUAAAAGCAUGAAAAAUGAAAUCACCAACGUUUUCAUGAUUUUUUUUGUGUGUAUUUUAUUACAUCUAGACUUCUGUUAAAUCAUAACUAAUGUUUCACAUAAAUGUGUUAUGUACGUAUAUAAAUAUUUGCUAGUAAAAAAAUGAAACUAAAUCAGAAACAAUUUUCAAAUAAUUUUGAAAACCGAUUGAAUAAUGUUUAAAUUAAACUCAUACAUUAUUAUGAUUCAAUGUGUGUGUAUGUGUGAACGAUUUAUUGCAUAAUGAUAAUAGUUAUGAUAUAAUAAUUCAUAUUUGAUUAUUUCAGUUUGUCAGAAUAUUUUUCCAUCGAAUAUGAUGGAAAUUCAUAUUUAAAAACACAUGCCAAUAGAAUACUAUCGAUCUAAUUUAUUUCAAUAAUUUUCUUUUCAUUUCUUUUCGAAUUUUGAGUCGCAUCUUAGAAAUAUCCGUAUCAAAUAAACAAAAACUCCUAAAACUUAUGAUAAAUGUGAAAAGAAAAAAAAAGAAUCUGCUCUAAGCUAACAAAUAAAAACCUAAACUCUUCCAUA